AUGUCGUUCCCUCCUCCUCCCGUCGACACCAUCGACUGGUCCAACGUCGGCUUCAAAGUCCGCGACGUGAACGGCCAUGUGGAAUGCCACUUCUCCCACAGCACCGGGGGCACAUGGUCCGCCCCCAAAUUCGUCUCCUCCCCCUUCCUCCCCCUGCACGGCAUGGCCCCGGGCCUGAACUACGGCCAACAAGCCUACGAAGGCCUCAAAGCCUUCCGCCACCCAAACGGCCAAAUCUCCAUCUUCCGCCCAGACCGCAACGCCGCCCGCCUCCGCCGCUCCGCAGAGUUCGUCUCCAUGCCCCCCGUCCCGGAGGAUUUGUUCAUGCAAUGCGUCAAGCUAGCCGUCGCCGCCAAUGCCGAGUUCGUCCCGCCCCAUGAGACCGGCGCCGCGAUGUACAUCCGCCCCCUGCUCUUCGGGUCCUCCGCGCAGCUGGGCCUCUCCCCGCCAGAUGCAUACACAUUCGUGGUGUUUGUGAUGCCGACGGGCGUGUACCACGGCGUGCAUGCCGUCGACGCCCUGAUUCUCGAGGACUUUGACCGCGCCGCGCCGGAAGGGACCGGGUCCGCGAAGGUCGGGGGCAACUAUGCGCCUGUGCUGCGGCAUAGUGCGCGCGCCGCGGCGGAGGGGUUCGGGAUCACGCUGCAUCUGGAUAGCCGGACGCGGUCGGAGAUUGACGAGUUCUCGACGUCGGCGUUUAUCGGGGUGAGGAGGGACGGCGACAAGGUCACGCUUGUGCAGCCGGAUAGCAAGAAUGUGAUUGAUUCGGUGACGGCGCGGUCGGUGUGCGAGAUUGGGGAGCGGGUGUUUGGGUUUGCGGUUGAGAAGAGACGCAUUGGGUAUGAGGAAAUCAAGGAAUUUAAAGAGGUGAUUGCUGCAGGCACAGCGGCGGCGCUGGUCCCCAUCCGGAGUAUCACAAUGCGCUCGCGCGGCGAUAAGUUUACGUUUGACUGCGGCGAGGAUGGGCAGAGUGGGGGUGAGGUCUGUAUCAAGCUGUUGCAGACCCUCAAGGGCAUUCAGGCUGGCAAGAUCGAGGAUAAGUUUGGGUGGAAUUGUAUCAUUGACCAGGCUCCGCCGGCGGCAUGGCUCGAGGGUGCAACGGGGCAUCAGCAGGAUGCCGAGGGGAUUAAUGUUCCAUAG